CAUCUCUCUGCGUCCUCAGUUCUGGGAGGCCUCGGUGAUUUGGCUACAGCCUCAGCCUCCCUCGCUCUGUGACCUGCAGGUAUUGGAUGAUUCGUAGCAAAGACUCCCAGAUACCCCUGAAGUGGGGAAAUGGAACUCUUAACAUUCAGGGAUGUGGCAACAGAAUUGUCUCCAGAAGAGUGGAAAUGGCUGCACCCUGCCCAGCAGAAUUUGUAUAGAGAUGUGAUGUUGGAGAACUACAGAAACCUGGUCUCCCUGGGUGUUGCUAUCUCUAACCCAGACCUGGUCACCUGUCUGGAGCAAAUAAAAGAGCCCUACAAUGUGAAGAUACAUAAGAUCAUAGCCAGACCCCUAGUGAUCUGCCUUUAA